AUAUCUUAUUUUUUUUUUCAGAUUCAAUGUACUACUGAAAAUGUUGGUGGCAAGCAAUUGAAACUGUAUUUUGCACAUAUUGCACUAUUGGAGCUUUAAUGUUUCUGGUGACUUUUGGUGUCCUAAGCUGCCGCAAAAUAAGAAUAUCCUUGAAUAACAUCACUCAAGCAAUUCUAUUGAAAAUUUCAGUAGUUUUAUCAGUGCUGCUUUGAUUGCAAUCUGGUUAUGCAUACAAGCCUCGACGUGUCUACGUCUAGUAAACUUUGAUCGUGGUAUUGAGUCUUAUUGUUUUUCUAUGCUUAUAAAAAUUUACUGUUAACUAAAAUAAUUUAAAACAUUUAAGUUAUAAAUACAUAAUAGUAGUAGUAAAUAAUUGAAAUAGAGAAAUGGCGGAGAGUGAAAUGAGGGUUGUUUUGGUGACUGGUGGAGGAGGUUUGGUGGGCAAGGCUGUACAACAUUGUAUCGAAAAUUUGGGAGAGAAAAGAGAAGGGGAGACAUGGAUAUUUUGCACAUCCAAAGAUGCUGAUUUGACUGAUUUAGAGAGCACUAAACAGUUGAUUGCCAAAUACAAACCAACGCAUAUCUUGCAUUUGGCAGCUUUAGUUGGAGGACUAUACGUGAACCUAGCCCGGAAUCUAGAUUUUUUUCGAGUCAAUAUGAAGAUCAACGACAACGUUCUGCUAGCCGCACAUGAGGCUAAUAUCAACAAAGUGGUGUCCUGUUUGUCCAGCUGCAUCUUCCCAGAUAAGAUCAAAUACCCAAUCGAUGAGUCAUCUCUACACCUCGGACCACCUCAUGACUCCAACUUCGGAUACUCGUAUGCGAAGCGCAUGGUCGAGGUCCUCAAUCGAGGUUACAAUGAUCAGUAUGGGCGCCAGUUUGUUAGUGUGAUUCCGACUAAUGUAUUUGGCCCGCACGACAAUUUCCAUUUGCAGAACAGUCACGUGAUCCCAGGUCUCAUCCACAAAAUAUACCUGCGCAAACAGGAUCCAAUCAAAAACGACUUCAAGGUGAUGGGCACUGGCAAGCCACUGAGACAGUUUAUCUUCUCGCACGACUUGGCAAAGCUGAUGAUAUGGACUGUUCGCGAGUACAGCGAGAAAAAGCCCCUCAUUCUCUCGGUCGGCGAGAAAGACGAAAUUUCAAUCCGAGACGCGGUGAUGAACAUUUGCUCUGCUCUCGACUAUCCGUUUGAGAAUUUGCAGUUCGAUACAACUAAGUCGGACGGGCAGUACAAAAAGACGGUUUCAAAUGAAAAAAUAGUGAAACUUUUGCCUGAUUUUAAAUUCACUCCUUUCGAUGAGGCCGUUAAGGAAACUUGUGACUGGUUUGUGAAAAAUUUUGACUCAUGUAGAAAAUGAUCCUAAUUGUAAAACUGAUCAGUGGGCUGGAAAAGUUAUCUUGAAACUGUACAAAUAUAUAUUAAUAGUUAUAUAAAUGAAAUGGGAAUU